AUGAGUUCCUCGAAGGAUCGUGGCCAAGACGGCACGGAUGGCGUUUCAAGUGAUGAUUUUCCAGAACACGAAGCACCCGGUGGUACCCAAGAGGCCGGAAGCAAGGACGAAGGCGCUGGAAAUAACCCGAUUUUCAGCUUAGCCGGUCCUGGAGCGAAUAACCCGGCAAGCAAUGCAUACAUUGGCGACCAAUAUAUGGCAUACAAUCCGCAAUAUGGAAAGCAGGAUGAGAAUCCUACGUGGAGCUUGGCUCAGCCGCUUCCUCAUAUCGUUCGACCAGGUAUGCAGCACGGUGCACUGCCGGAAGAUCAGAAAGAGGAUGCAGAGAGUCUGAAAAAUGGACAUGGGGCUGCUGGUCAUCAAGCGCAGGAUAAAUCUGAAUAUGGAUUCUUCAAUAGCUGGAGUCGAAUCCGCCAUUAUCUCCGGGAACCAUUGGCCGAGUGGCUUGGGACAACCGUAGCAAUGACAAUCGGACUAUGCGCGACAUUAUCAAACUUCACCUCAUCCGGCCAAGCAGGAAGCUACACCUCGCAAAGCAUUGCCUGGGGCUUCGGAUUCAUGGCAGCCAUCUACAUGACCGGUGGUAUAUCAGGAGGCCACCUAAACCCCGCCUUCUCAAUCGCCAUGUCUAUAUUCCGAGGCUUCCCCGCCAGGAAAUGCAUCCAAUACAUAGCCGCGCAACUCCUUGGAGCCAUCACGGCCGGCGGAAUUGCCUACGCCAUCUACCACGACGCGAUCCUCGAAGUCGUCGCAACGUCAAUGCUACCACAGAAUGCCAGCGUCGCCGCCACGGCCAUGAUCACCGCGCCGAAAUCUUUCGUGCAUCCUGCUACGGCGUUUUUCACGGAGUUUCUUGGCAGUGCGAUCUUGUUCGGCGCUAUUGUUGCCCUUGGUGAUGAUACCAAUGCGCCCCCUGGUGCGGGUAUGCAGGCGUUUAUUUUGGGUAUUCUUAUUUCUGUCGUUGUUCUUGCUUUGGGAUAUAAUACUGGCGGAGACUUCGGUCCGCGACUUGUUGCCCUCAUGGCUGGAUGGGGCGGGCAGCUGUUUCGAGAAUAUCAUGCAUGGUGGGUGUGGGGACCGUGGUGUGCUGAUAUUAGCGGUGCGCUGUUUGGCGCCUUCAUCUACGAUUUGGCGAUCUUCACUGGUGGUGAAAGUCCUAUCAAUUAUCCUCCCCGUCGACGGAAGAGGGCUUGGCGCGUGCGGAAGCUUAAUUUGAGGAAGAAACUUGGUCUCGGGCCUAGGAAGAAGACUAAGGAUCUUGAGAAUUCUGUUUCUGAGACUAAUAGCUGA